AUGGCCUGGUGGCGAAUCAAAAUAGUUAAUAGACAUAUUCUAUUUUUAUGCAAGUUGGUUAGUUUACAACGUGAGCGUGAUGAAGCCAUUCUAGCUGCAGAGGGCGACAAGCAGGCCGCUCUUUCAUGUGCUGAGCAGGAACGCACAGCAUUGGCUGAACGUCUAUCUGGACUUCAGCAACAGUUGCGCACGUGUGAGACGGAGCUCGAAAGAACUCGGCGCGAGGCAGCAGCUAGACAACAGCGAGACGAGACUGCCCAGGCUGAACUUGGAAAUGAGCUUAAAGACUUCCGUAGACAAUAUGAGGAGACCUGCUAA